UGUCUGACGGGGAACAGGUUCACCAAGAGCACCGGAUGCCCAAUUGUUCGGUAAAUGGGGAAAACGCCUUUUUGAUGGCUUUUUCUCCGAAUGCGGGGUUUCAGAUAACGUCGCAAACAUACAUCCGUAUGAAGCUCUGAGACUGUUAAGUGUUGACCGUUUCCAAAGUUUUCGAAAGCUGAAAACUUCACUUGGACGGAAAAAGAAAGAGAUAAUGAUUCUUCAAAGAGACCAGCUCCCUCAUCUAUAAAAGAGAAUGUUGUCUUACAUCAGUGGUAGAUGGUGGAGAUGGAAGUUCCGGAAUGUUCUGUCAGUUGCCCUACUACUGAUGUGCUUGCGGACAUCAGCAGUGCUGAGCUGUCAGGUGGACUGCAAUCAGGUGCUCACCGCCCCGCAGGGAUCCUUCACGUCCCCCUGUUACCCCAGCGACUACCCAAAAAGCCUGGCCUGCAAGUGGACGCUGCAGGCCCCGGCCGGAUUCAUUGUGCAGAUCACAUUUGUGGACUUUGAGCUGGAGGAGGCGCUUGGGUGCAUCUACGACCGCGUGGUUGUGAGCACCGGCAACAACGAUUUGAAAUUCUGUGGCAUCACAGCGCACAGGCUGACCCUCAACUCCACCGGAAAUGUGAUGGAGGUGUCGUUUAACUCAGACUUUAGCGUCCAAAAGAAAGGCUUCAAUGUCAGUUAUAGGCAAGUUGCUGUGGCGCUGAGGAAUCAGAAGGUAAAGGUGCCACAAGGUAACGGGAAAAUCAUACAGGCCGCCCCAUCGGUCACCAUCCCCAAUCUCCAGCAGUUCACCGCCUGCUUUGAGAUCUCCAGGUCUAGCCAGAAAACGAAGGAAAAAAUAUUCUCCUACACAGGUGCCGAUGACACUGACAUUGUCGUUUUCGGAAUGUCCGACACGGAGAUGGCUCUGAACAUCAACGAGAUAGAGUGUGGCUUAGGGACCAUACUGAGUCCGAGCGACAUUACAGCAGGAAUGAAGCCGCUCUGUGUCACCUGGGCUAGCACAUCUGGCAGAGUGGCCGUGUACACAAACAAUAAUUACAGAACCAUGGCGUGCACGGACUCCAGAGGGAAGCUGCUGGCAGGGGCCGGGAUUUUCAAAAUCGGAGGUAAACCGAACAGUUUUGAUGGAGAGCUGUACAACGUCCGCCUGUGGGAUUACGCCAUGAGCGGAUCGCAGCUCAUGGCCCUCACCUGUGAUGCUUUGGGCAACAUCAUCGACUGGGAAAAUGCAUUCUGGGAUAUUCCUUCAUCUGUUGCACAAACAGACAGCACAUUGAGCUGCAUCUGUUACCCAAAUUGCAUACAUUUAACAACAACUGCGCCAUCUAGUGGUACUGCCACACCUACGCUCACCUCUGUCACCAGCAGCUGUGUUUCCUCUGGACUAGGCUGCCCAGAGGGACUUUUCUACAGGGUCUCAUUUAUUAUAAAAGACACCCUGGCACGAGAACUGGAGGUAGAGAGAACUGUAACAUUUUGGCUUAAUCAAACAUUUCAAAACUGGACAUACGCUGUUUACGUUAUUGAUGUGAGUGUCCAGCUAGCUAACAGUGACUCUCAGUCAGGACAGAGUAGUAGUCAACGGUACACUUGCCAAGCUUUGCUCAUGUACAAAUACGCCACGGAUGUGCUGUUGCAAGAGACCGCGAUCGAGAACAGGCUGACCAACCAGACCAUUGGGAACGGACUGGUCCUGGCCAAUGUCGAUGUCCAGCCUGUAGAAAACUGUGUUGCAGAAGAAAGUCCUUUGCAUUACAACUGGCCUGAAAGCAGACCAACAGUUACCCAGUUUGUGCCCUGCUUCCCCAAUAAAGCCCAGAAUGCCUCCCGAACAUGCUCAUUAAACUUGCAGAACUAUACUUCAUUUUGGGAGUCUCCUGACUUUGGUAAUUGCACUGAUAUAGAUGGCAUUGAGGUGUCAGCCGAAAACGCUGCAGAUGUAGCCACCCAGCUGGCCGACAUCACACAAAAUGAGCUUUCCACAAAUGAGGUCUCGAAGGUUGUCACCAAGCUAAAAGAGAUUGUCAACGUAGCCAAGAUCAACGCAUCGCUGGCCUCCACCAUGGUGACCAUUUUUUCCAAUGUGAUGACAAGCUCAGACACAGCGCUUGCAGCCACUUCAGAACUGGCCCUGAAAACGGUGGACGAGAUGGUCCUAAAGAUUGUGUUCGAAGGACCUUCCCUGAGUAUCACCUCCAAAAACCUGGCUCUUGGAAUCUCCGCCUUCAACUCCACCGACUUCAACGGGACGUCUUUCAGCGCAUUCAUGGCUCCCAACACCACUGAUCUCCAGAUUGACUUUGAGUCGGGGCAGCAGGACCCCCUGGCUGCGGUCACACUCCCAGCCACUCUGUUGAGCAACCUCAGCGACACAGAGGCGGAACUCAUCUCCCGGAUAAAUUUCAUGUUCUUCAGCAAGAUUGGGCUAUUUCAGGAUCACAAGCCCAGUGGCCUGAACUUGAGCAGCUAUGUAGUGGCUAGUAGUGUAGGAAAUCAGUCCAUCAAGAACCUGCGAGAUCCUGUAGAGAUAGAAAUUGUUCACCUGCAAUACCAGCCAGCACCAAGGCCAGUGUGUGUAUUUUGGGAUUUUUCCAUCAAAAACGGCACUGGGGGCUGGAGCAAAGAAGGCUGCACAGUCAGUCCAAAUUCCAACGGAAACAAGACCAUCUGUCUCUGCGACCACCUCACACACUUUGGCAUCUUAAUGGACAUUUCCGGCUCUGCAGAUAAGAUUGACGCACAGAACACCAAGAUUCUGACCUUUAUCACCUACAUUGGCUGUGGUAUCUCUGCCAUCUUCUCAGCUGCUACGUUGCUCACAUAUAUCGCUUUUGAGAAACUACGGCGUGAUUACCCCUCCAAGAUCCUGAUGAACUUGAGCACUUCGCUGCUCUUCCUCAACAUGGUGUUCCUCCUGGAUGGCUGGCUGGCGUCGUUUGACAAGCAGGGCCUGUGCAUCGCUGUUGCCGUCUUCCUGCACUUUUUCCUCCUCACAUCCUUCACCUGGAUGGGCCUGGAGUCUAUACACAUGUACAUUGCUCUGGUCAAAGUCUUCAACACCUAUAUUCGGCGCUACAUCCUCAAAUUCUGCAUUGUUGGAUGGGGCUUGCCUGCUACAAUCGUAGCCAUUGUGGUAGCAGUUGACAGGAACUCUUAUGGGAAGGAGUACUAUGGAAAAGAGGAGAAUGGCCAAGGCUCCUCAGAAUUCUGUUGGAUCAAGAGCCAUGUGGUGUUCUACGUGACAUGCGUGGGCUACUUCUGCAUUAUCUUCCUGAUGAACGUGGCCAUGUUCAUCGUGGUCAUGAUCCAGAUCUGCGGCCGCAACGGCAAGCGCAGCAACCGCACCCUCCGGGAGGAGAUGCUCCGGAACCUGCGCAGCGUGGUCAGCCUCACCUUCCUGCUCGGCAUGACCUGGGGCUUCGCCUUCUUUGCCUGGGGCCCCGUCAACCUGGCCUUCAUGUACCUCUUCUCCAUAUUCAACUCCCUGCAAGGUUUGUUUAUCUUCAUAUUUCACUGCGCGUUGAAAGAGAAUGUUCAGAAACAAUGGAGGAGAUACCUGUGCUGUGGAAGGUUCCGUCUCGCAGACAAUUCAGAUUGGAGCAAGACAGCCACUAAUAACACAAAGAAGGUCAGCUCAGAUAACCUGGGAAAGUCACUCUCCUCCAGCUCUUUUGGUUCCAGCACUGUUAACUGGACAUCCAAGGCCAAAGCAACUCUAAACCCCUUUGCUAAGAGGGGCAGUAAUGCAGGUAAAGGUUACUCCAGCCAAAGCAGCCCCAAAUUUGGUCCAUCGGAUGGGGACGCGUCCUCUUCCAUCAUCCCUGUGCACCAGGUCAUUGACAAGGUCAAAGGUUACUGCUCGGUCCGCUCUGACAACUUCUACAAGAAUAUCAUCAUGUCGGACAGUUUUAGCCACAGUACCAAGUUCUAGCCCUGCCCCGCCGCUCCUGAUACUAAAGACUUUAACAUCAUCCCAGGAGUUCUCUUAUCUCGAAAACCGGAGUGUGAAGAAUAUGUAUACACUGUGCAAUGCUGAUAACCAACGAAACAGUAGUAAGGGAAACCAAAAACAUAAAGCGAUAGACGCGUAGGUCAGCAGAGAGGAAGUAGCGAGAAAGCGUUGAAUUACAUACUGUGAUGUUAAACUUAAACUGGUUACACGUUCUGUAAAUAUAAUGUUUUUGUGGCUUAAUUCUAACUGCUUUCUGUGCAUACAGUUAGCUUGCACAUAUGAUGAGAGGGAGGUCCUUGCUUUCUCAGUAGCGAGCCUGCUUUCUGCUCACAGGGAUCCAAAGGCUGCAGUCCUGCAGCUCUAUGCAAUAGGCAGGAAAGAGAGAGAGAGAGAGAAGCUGUUUCAAAAACAAGAAUGUUCUGGGACAUUCCAAACCCACGAAAGACUGUCAGAAAUGUGGGACUCAUGACUACGGCACUGCUGGCUUCAGAAAGGGAACAGUUUCACCUUUAGUAGCACUCUGUUUUGCUGUUUGUGAGCCUUGUGACUUUUGCUGGGAAGCACCGUGUUGUUAUGUUAUGACCUUACAAACAGAAGUCCAAUAUUGCAUAAAAGGCUUAUUUUUGUCAACUUAUUAUCACAACUGUUAUUGUUUAUACUGUUUUUUUUUUUUGUUUGUUUGUUUAGCUUUUGCCUGCAGAUGCUCUACUACUGAAUAACAGUUUCAGAAAGGGGUGUACGGCCUUAAUCCACUUAAUGCUGUUUCCUUGACUUCUAUGAUAGAUUUACAACAGACCAGUGAAAGACAAUGUUAUUGAUUUGCUUUUGCAGAGAGAUGGGUUAGAGUCACAAGGAAUAUAAUGCCAACUAUAGUGUCAGUUUUAGGUGACAGUGACUCAUGAUGCAUACAGAAAUACAUCUCAUAAACCAAGUAGUUUCAUGUUCUUUAAAAGGGAACCUUUUCAAAAUUCUUCCGUUCUGCCAUUGCAUUUUGGUGACCCAUCCUGUAUGUCUUGCUGUACAUCACGAGUAUUGUUUGCACAAAGUUAGCUUGAAGAAAUCCCUUCUGUCCCAUUCAUAAGCUUGUUUAGUACAUUGAACAUAUCUAUCGUUUAAGUGAUGCAACCUUGUAAACAAGUUUUCUUGUGUAUAUUUGAAACAAUAGAACAAUUCCUUUUAUUAUUAUCCUAUUGUAUUUAUUUCUGGGACACAAAAAAAAAAAAAAACAGCCAUAAUGACGACAUUGAAACUACCCGCCUCAAAUCCAACCUCUCUGGUUGCGAUGCUGCCAAAGAACAGUGUGAAAAAGUGUGGUUUUGGAGAGAGAGCAAUUCACUGCAGAUUAAUUUAGUCAGAUAAAUGAGGGGCAGUCAGGUUUUGGAUGCAAAAUUCAAUUUUUUCCAACUUUUUCUAAUCUGGGAGAAUAGCAUCACAGAUAAUUUACCACCUAGGGUCAAAUGUAUAAUGUUACAAAUGUUUGGAGGAGUCUUUGUGUAAGUAUUUAUUGUACACUGGAUUCCAUAAUACUGUUUGUCAGUCAUAAAUGAAGAAAAAAGACUUAAGUGCAUUUUUGCAGUUGGAGGGGAUGCUUUUCACAACUCAUCAUUGAACUGGAAAAUUACCAUUGAGUUGUCACAUAUUUGCAGAAGAAAAACAACAGUAGCCACUUUGAAAUUAAAAAUAUAAUAGGGAGGGGCAGAAUACAAAUAUCCUCUUAGGAUUAUUGAUGUCUGUAUCACCACAUAGUGUAAUAUAGGUAGGAAUAUGUAAUACCUUUUAAACUUACAUAGAAGCUAUCAAUGUCCAUGGUGUAGAGAGAAUGAGUUUUAUUUUUUAAAUUUUCAGCAAUAUAUUCUGGAAGAAUUCCAAAGAAUUCUCAACAGUGAGUUUUAAUGAUGCUGGGAAAGCAGAGAGACUCCUAAGAAGCCGCUUCAGGUCAUGGGCAACAAAUUACAACUCAGCAGUUCUGCAUUUGACAAUAUAUGAAAGCUGUAGAAAGGGUUUGGUGUCACAUUAUGUUAGUUUUCUAUGUGUUCAGUGCUUGCUUUUUAUUAGUAUGAAACUGGCUUUAGACAUUUUAAUUUAUAUGACCCAAUAGGGUAGUUGAUCUCAUUCUAACAAACAUGUAAAUAGGUAACACGAAGGACAGGAGAUAUUACAACAUGCAUAGAAAGAUUAUAAAGCCUCUAUGGUCAUAGUUAAUGUGGACACAGAGCAAAUUCAAAUGUUAACAUGUAAGUGGACAUCCUACCUUAAAUAUACGGUGACUGAAGUAAUCACGCAAAAGCACAGCAUGGAGUGUCUGGGAAAACUGUACAGGAAAGAGACAAUAUUCCUGACGUUUGGAGAAGUUAUAUUACCCCUCACUCAACUCAACUUGCUAAUAACUAUUGACAAUUGGAUGUGCGGUUGUAUUCCUGAUUCCCUCCAUGGUCAGCAAACUUUCACUAUGCAGUGAAGUUAACAUAUCCAGCAAGUGGUUUGCUGCAAAUCUGUUGCUCUCUGGGAAGGACAAUAUUGCAGUGAUGCCUUUUUUGCCAGAGGUCAAAAAGAAAAUGCGAAAUCUCAUCCUAUUAUCCCACUUAACAUUAAAACGAUAUGGUUUCCAGGGCUGAACUUCUGGUGUCACACAAUUUUGGAAGGCGCUGUCGUUCAGAGAUAAUAUUCCUGAGGGCAGCCAGACUUUGGAACUUUUACUCUUUAAAGUGCUUUCUUUUAAAAAAUGCUCACUUCCAACCUAAGAGGUUUGAUCCAAAAAGUUACUUUUAGGCAGAAAUCAGCACCAAGUUAAAAGUUUAACCGUGCAGAGUUUUACAUGAUGGAGUGGAGAGAAAUGAUCUGUAUUUAAAUUCAGUACAAAGUUGUCCUCUAGACCACAUAAGCACAAACGUUCUUCCAUUGAAAGUGUCUGCUUUUCACUCUGGCUGGAACUCCUCCAAAAAACCUUGGUGUAGUAUAUGUCUGUGUGUAAUAAAGAACAUUUAUCAGGUAUAUGAAACGCCUGUUUGUCGUUUACACACUGCGAUUAGAGAAACACACUGAUACCAAAUUAAGGAGCACAUUCUUACCAAUAAAAACUUAAUCAGUAACAGUGUGACUUAGCAGCCAUUAAGUUUUCAUAAGAGUCAUAGUUGGACAGUGAUGCUAAUGUCCCUCUGGCCAGCUACGCCUAAUAUAAUUUAUGGGUUGUUGCAAAGAUUGUUCAUUCCUGACAAGAGAGCCAUUAAAAUGAUUUCAUCUGAUCAUUUUGGCUUGGCUUCCUCUAAGCUUUUUUUUGGUUCAUUCAUGGGACUAUAAGUUAAAAUGAUGCACCGUCAAGUCCGCUGAUUUUAAGUAGUGCAGUAAACCUUGCAGGCAAACGAACAAAUUUAGCUGUUUCUUAAUACACAUGCACACACAACACACACACACACAAACACACA